GGGAAAGGAGAGGGAAGAAUGAGACAAUAGGGCUUCCCUGUAGCUUCACAGGAGCUGGUCCAUCGGGACUAUGGUUCCUGUUGCCUAGUAAGCUUGUAUAUCAGGAGUUGAUGCUGUUGUACGGAUCCGGAAGGCUUAAGGAAGUGGAGGGGGUCUUGAAAUCAAGGGUCUUCGAGAUUAAGGAGGAAGACAGCGGAAAAUGUUGGGAGGAGAAGGAGCUUCGAAAACAGAUUCUAAGCUUUAAUUUUUAAUGCAUCAGGCUCUUUGUCCAGAGCCUACUAGAGGUGGGGAUGGGAUACGGGGGCUAGGAAGCAAGGUACUGAGUUGGUCACAGCUCGCUAUCAAUGGCUGCUGCAGCAGCAGCGGUCGCAACCACUGGGCAGAAGAGGUGAAAGGGGGGAGACUCUUUUUCCCAGGCAAAGCCAGAUGUGCAGCAGCAGAAGCAACCGCCCCUGUCUCUGCCACAGAAAGGAAGAAAAUGCUUUUGCUGAGUCCGUAGAGACUAGGUUUCGUUACUCUAGCCCCUGAGCAGUAGUAGAGACAUGAAGCUCUUCUAAGGCUAGUGCCAAUCUCAGCCCUCCCGCACCCUAGAGCUACAGAUAGCCUUUUCUCUCCCACCCUCUUCCUUCCUCUUCCACUCCCCCUGGGAAACAGCGGCCAAGCUGGGGGCGGGGUUGGAGAAUAAGGAAGAGAGGGCAACUGGGUCCGUGUAGCCUUGGUGUCUGCGGGGGGGAGGGGAGGAGGAUUGAGAGGAGGGGGGAGAGUAGGGUGCGUGGUGCAGCCGUCUUGUCCUCCUCCCCCUUUCCCUCCUCCUCUACCUCCUCCCUCUCCUCCUCCUCCUCCUCCUUCUCCUCCUCCUCCUCCUCCUCUUCCUCCUCCUCCUCCUCCUCUUCCUCCUCCUCCCUCUCCUCCUCCUCCUCCUCCUCCUCCUCCUCCUCCUCCUCCUCCUCCUCCUCCUCCUCCUCCUCCUCUUCCUCCUCCUCCUCCUCCUCCUCCUCCUCUUCCUCCUCCUCCGCCGCCGCCGCUCUCGGUCAGCCGCGGCGGCGACGGCGGCAGCAGCAGCACCAGCAGCGGGGUCGCGGCGGCGACGGGGCCCCCCCUCCCCCCUCCCGGGGAGCGGCGGAGGGAUGUGGGGCUUUGCGGGAGGAAGGCUUUUCGGCAUCUUUUCGGCCCCUGUGCUGGUGGCGGUGGUUUGCUGCGCUCAAAGUGUGAACGAUCCUGGAAACAUGUCCUUCGUGAAGGAGACCGUGGACAAGCUACUGAAAGGCUACGACAUUCGCUUAAGACCCGACUUUGGGGGUCCCCCAGUCUGUGUUGGGAUGAACAUUGAUAUCGCGAGUAUCGAUAUGGUAUCCGAAGUCAACAUGGAUUAUACCUUGACCAUGUAUUUUCAGCAGUACUGGAGAGAUAAGAGAUUGGCCUAUGCUGGGAUCCCUCUGAACCUCACACUUGACAACCGAGUGGCUGAUCAGCUGUGGGUCCCUGACACCUAUUUUCUAAAUGACAAGAAAUCAUUUGUGCAUGGAGUGACAGUGAAAAACCGAAUGAUCCGCCUUCACCCUGAUGGAACUGUGUUAUAUGGACUCAGAAUUACAACAACAGCCGCAUGUAUGAUGGACCUGAGAAGAUAUCCCUUGGAUGAACAGAACUGCACUCUGGAAAUUGAAAGCUAUGGCUACACAACAGAUGACAUUGAGUUUUAUUGGAGAGGUGGGGAUAAUGCUGUGACAGGUGUGGAAAGGAUUGAGCUUCCUCAGUUCUCCAUCGUAGAACAUAGACUGGUCUCAAAGAAUGUUGUCUUUGCCACAGGUGCCUAUCCACGACUUUCGCUGAGCUUUAGGUUGAAGAGAAAUAUUGGAUACUUCAUUCUUCAGACCUACAUGCCCUCCAUACUGAUUACAAUUUUAUCAUGGGUGUCAUUCUGGAUUAAUUAUGAUGCAUCAGCAGCAAGAGUUGCCCUCGGAAUUACAACUGUACUGACUAUGACAACAAUCAACACUCACCUUCGAGAGACUUUGCCCAAGAUCCCUUAUGUGAAAGCCAUCGACAUGUACCUGAUGGGCUGCUUUGUUUUUGUAUUCUUGGCCCUCCUUGAAUAUGCCUUUGUCAAUUAUAUCUUUUUUGGAAGAGGGCCCCAAAGGCAGAAGAAGCUGGCAGAAAAGUCUGCGAGGGCGAAGAAUGACCGCUCAAAAAGUGAAACCAACCGGGUGGAUGCUCAUGGAAACAUUCUGUUAACAUCACUUGAAAUUCAUAAUGAAGUGAAUGAGGUCACAGGAGGUGUUGGCGAUUCCAGGAAUUCAGCAAUAUCCUUCGACAACUCAGGAAUCCAGUACAGGAAACAAAGCAUGCCUCGAGAAGGGCAUGGGCGACAUAUGGGGGACAGAAACAUCCCGCACAAGAAGACUCACUUACGGAGGAGGUCUUCACAGCUCAAAAUAAAAAUCCCCGACUUAACGGAUGUGAAUGCCAUAGACAGAUGGUCAAGGAUCGUGUUUCCAUUUACUUUUUCUCUUUUCAACCUAAUUUACUGGCUGUAUUAUGUUAACUGAGUGACUAUACUUGGUUUUUCACAGACUUCAUUUAACACUGAGUGAAAUAUUACUCUGCCUGUCAUUUUUAUACCUAUAUAUAAAUACACACACACAUAUAUAUACAUAUGCAAUUGUAUAUAUAUAUAUGUGAACUUUCUCAACAUAUAUAUAAAUACACAUGUAUAUGAGAAUGUAUGUGCAUAUGUUUUUACACACAUGUGUAUAACACAAAUGCACAUACAUGUAUACUUUCAGCAGCUAUGGACAAUUUAAUACAGAAUGCAUAUCAAAGGAAGUGGGUGCAUUUUUUUUUACUGAAAGGGACAGAUAUCAUCUAAAUAUUUCAUCUUAAGAAUGAGGGAGUGUUGCAUAAAAUCACCCCUAAAUAUGUCUUAAGUUAUCAUAAAUUAGACAUUUUCAGUACAGGUUUUCAAAACCUUGAUUACUUAAAGCUAAUGUACUCUUCAAAAACCCAUCCAAUGGUACUGCUAGUUUAAAAUGAGUCACUUCUCUUUCAUAUCCCAUCCUUCGUUUUACUGAGCUAAGUUUUCUUUGCUCAUUCAGUUUAUAAGGUUUCUUUUCAUCUUCCACACGUGUCAUUUUUCAGUGAUCAUUGACUUGGAUUAAAUAGUUGCAGAAAAAGAGCUUUCCUGUUGUUUAAGAUGCUCACAUUAAUAUGUUCAAAGCCUCAUCUUUUGAAAAAUCUAUCCAUGGUGAAUGGAAUCUCAUUUGUAAGUAUUGUAAUACACAGUUUGGGGUUGGUUUUUGUUUCGUUCUGUUGGGUUUUUUUUUUUUUUGGUUUGGUUUUGUUUUGUUUGGGUACACUCGGACCGAUUCCAGCUUAGCCAUACUAAUGGGAAAUUUUUAGCACAUUUUGGUAUCAUUUUAGUUGACAUUUCAAUGACUGAAAAAUGUGUUCUGCAUCUCAUAGAAUUCUAAGACUGAUAUCUAACAGAAAGCAUCAAAGUCUCAGGUUAUUUGUUACUCUAACAUAAAACCAUCUAGAUUUUUUUUUCUAAUUUGUGUUCGCAUUAUCCAACAUUCUUAAAACAUUGUAUGUUACUAUAAAAUAUAUUUGCAUAAUAUGCAUACAUAUGUAUAUUUUACGAAGACUUUCAUUCUUAUGCUUGCUACUGUGGCAGCAUGCUAUGUCAUAUCUUUUCUUCACGUGAUGUGACUACUUUUUUAUGAUCUGGAAUUAAGACUUAAGCUAAAAUGCUUCUACUGUUGAAACACAAAAAUCAAGACAUAUACUCAUGGCCUUUAUUUCCAUGUCCAACAUAUGCCAUAAGGAGCACAUCAAACCACUCCUGGUACAACUGCGAUGCUGCAGUCAGCAAUCAGUAAACUAACUAAUGCAUGGCAUUUCAUCAUCAAAUACAUGCAGCCAUUUUUUUUUAGGCAAACAUCAGCCUGACAAAACGGCAUGCUCAUUUCUUUCGUCUCAUUCUGAAUCCAUGUCCUCAUCCUUUCGACUUUUUAAAGCUAGUAGAUACAAGUCAAGGUGCACUGGUUUCAUAGAUGCAACCUUCACUUGCUAUUUAGACAACUAGAUCUUUCUAAAGAAAAAAAAAGAUGAUAUAUUUUUUGUAAACAAUAUUUCUAUCACAGACAUCCAUAAAUGGACAUGACCAUGGUCCUAUAAAUAGGUGUCAAAGUGGAAUUAAGCAUUUGGAGGAAAAAAAAAAAAAGCUAAAUAUCCAGGAAAGAAUUGCUAAAUUUCCUUUUGAGAUGAAAAUAGAUUUCCUGGCUGCUGUUGUCUCAAAAUGUUGCAUAUUCCCCAGCUGCCUCUGUUCUGUCCAACACCCAGAAGCAGUCAGCCAGAUCUUGGUCCAACUCUCUGACCCUUGGAUUUCAUUUCAAUAUUGAUAGGACCUACACCACCUGGGAUGUUACAAGGAUGUACAAGUUGUCCAGUAUUACUUCUGUGGGAGUUCCCUUCAGUGGUCAUUACAACCUUUGAUUUGAAGGAGUAUUUAACAGCUGCUAGAUUCACUUUGGGAUUAAAUUGAAUACACAAAGUCUAAUGCUGGAAGCAAUUCCUAAUUUUUUUUCUUUCCCCUUCCUCUCCUCCAUCCCCAGCUUUCUCCAUUCUUCUUCUUCGUCCCCUCUUCCUCAAAAAAAAAAAUCAAUCAGACUUUCUCUAGUUUUACUUUAUAUGGAGACUAAACAGGUAGCUAUGUGUUUAUUCGGGUUUUUCUUUGGCACUCUCAGGAUAACUUAAUAUGGGUUUAUAAACUAUGAAUGAAUUGGGAAAAUCUUGUGAGUGGCCUUAUCCAUUAUAAACAUUUUAAAGAAAAGAGAUGUUGCUGAAGAUCAUAUCUUUUUCAACACUUCCGCUAUUUUUCUGUGUCCAGUGACUCAAGGUUGGAGCUCCACACAUAUGAAGGACUUAAAAUACAAAGGAUGUGAAGAAAGCAGUUCAUUGUGGACAUUUGGAAUAUUGAAAUGCACAAUGCGUACUCUUCAGAAUUGUGCCAUGAAUCCUUUCCUGAGGAUGGGAGGAGGCGGAGGAGAGGGUGGGGAGAAGUUAAAAAUAUACACAUAUGUGAACUUCAAGUUCAUGAACAGCAAUGGCAGAGAACCCUUAGACCUCAAAAGAGCUCCUGCAAUCCACUUUACAAGUUUUCCUUGGUAUAAAUUUGCAUGGUAGGUAAUAAUAGCUUUUGAGCUUUUUAUAUGCAUUUGGCAAUGAGAUUGGGAUUCACAUCUUUGUAGACAUUGCAACGAAGUAAAUAUAAUGGCUAUACUACAUAUUGUAUUUGUAACUAUAUAUAUAUAUACAUGCAUACAUGCAUACAUACAUAUAUUCGAUAAAAACCUUUUCCAUAUCCAUGGGCAUGUGUUUGCUUUACCCUUUUCAGGGGGAAACAGUGUUUUCUUCUGAUAAAAAGAAUUAUAGAGUCUGCUUAAACUGUUUUUUUUAAAGCAGCAGAAAAUUUGGGAAUGAGCAAUUUUUUACCAUCAUGACCCAGACUAUUUGAAUUGCUUUCCCAAUUCUUUUCUUUCCAUCUCCAGGCCAACAUGGCCCAUCAUGAACCACAGCAGCUGUUCUAGUCUUUGUAGGAGCUGUAGAGAUGAGGCCCAAAGCCAGAACUCUGUUCUUCAAAUUGUAUUGUUUCCAGACCUCAUCCAGGGUUGUAAAGAAAAGGUUGGUGAAGGGACUUGUGUGAUGACUUUUCUGAGAAUUGAAAAGGAGUUUUUAAAAAUCAUAAUCAGAUUUCUAGAUAGGUUAAUAUAUGUGUCUUUUCAAAAAAAAUGUUCGCAGGUCCUCAAGGUAUAUGGUAGAAUCCUUGUGAAGUUUGUCUUCUUAUUACCCAGACUCACCUCUUCUUGAGUCCAUUCAUAGUCACCCAGUUGUGCUCCAUGACUUCAGUGGGUGUGGGCAUCCCAUUUGAUGGUGCAGACCCUAAACCACCUCUGGCUUCUUAGCCCGUGUCAUUCCAUACAUCUUCCAUCUCUAGCAUGGUUAGCCUCUUGGGUAGGUGUGUUACUCUUUUGGCCCCUAACCAGCAUCUACAUGGGGUUUCACCGACUGGAUCAUAUGUCAUUUAUGUCAGUCUCUUCACUACCCUCCUGGAGCCUAAUCAGACGUUGGGAAAUUCCAAAUAAUAAGCUCUGAAGUUCCAAGUUGGUUACGUUAGAAAAGUCACACCUACGGUGCCCCCUCUUUUAAGGCCACUGCCUUGUCCUUAAGCUAGAUCAUCUCUCUCUUUGGGUACCCUCACUAGAUCCUACUCUGUCCAAUUUUGCUUAUAAAUGUUUUCACCCGCAAUAUGGCGGAGGUGAUUCCAGACUGGCUAGGUAGGUGACAUUUAGAUAGGAAUAAGCAUGGUGCAGCUCCAGGGGCACCAUCUGGGGCAGCCUGCAGUUACUCUCAUUUGGUUUUUCUGGGUAAUCUGGCCUUAUGACAAUUUUUUUAAAGCUGAGGAAGUGCCCAACUUCAAAUAUACUGUCUUGAAAAUAUUAAUGUGCCAUAAAUAUGUUAUUUAAAUCCAGUACCUAAUUUAUAGCACUUAGAUUUUAAUGAAAACAAAUUUGGCCCAAAGUUCCAUUAUCCUAUUAUCUCUUUUGAAAGUCACUCUGGUUAUUUUAUCAGCCUGGAAAGUAUUAUCUCUAGAAGUGAUUCCCCUCUCCCACCCCAACCUGCAGGAAAGUAGUAUGCCCGUUGAAUAAUUACCUCUUCCACUGCUCUUAAAAGGCAGCAUAAUGACCUUAAAAAAUUCAUGUUAACUUGCCUGGACAAGUGGUUUAUUCUCAGAGACUAGUUUGCAUAUCAUGCUUCACCCAGGACUAGCCCCAUAAGUGUGCUUCAUUUUCAUUUCAUCUUUUCACUUUCCAAGUCCAUGAGGGCAUUCAAGGCAACUACAGGACUAUCCUGAGUUACAGCCUGAAGAGUCUGAAGUAGAAAUAGAUAACCGUGUUGUGAUAGCUAACUCCUAUGUUAAUGACAUCCCAUUGUAAAGAUAAAUUAAAGCCCAGUUUUGCUUAAGCACAUUUAUGUAUAUAUUCUUUUGUAUAAUUUGACAUGAAAAAACAAACAGCAAAACUGAGUGAUAGACAAAAUAUGAGCAAUGUUGAUGAAUGAAUACUAAUUUAUUAAAAAAAAAGGACUAAA